GCGCAGCAAUCCCUUUGUCACGUCCUGCAGGAGAAGUCUGCUGUUCUUCCAAGACUUGCAGAGGAGGAUCUGGUCCAGUUCAUGGUGAAGCUCAGUGUGGAAGGCUUUCCCCAGGCCGUGAAGGUGCGGCGCAUGCAGAAGUACAGCGGAACCGUGGUGCGUGCUCCGGAGUGGAUCAACGAGUCGCCGGACAGCCCAUGGAAGCCAGGGACAGCUGUGUGCGCAGAAGUCGCGCGCCACUUCGGCGGCACCGGCGAGGUGCUGCUUCUGCAGUCCAACUGCGGCCAAAUGCGUUUUCAGCCGGGCGAUCGAGUCACUUUCUGCUUGCCGAAGGCGUCAGAAAUUGGCAAUCUUCCAGAGGCAAAGCUCGUUAUGCUGGCUCAGACCGACAGGCCUGCCGGGUCUGUGCUUGCCUGCUGCAGACUCCAUCUGCCGAGACCCGUCGGCGAUGGAAAGCAACUUGCACCGCUGAACUUGGAUCUGCACGCCUUCUCCAGCAAGGUUGUGCUGUCCGGCCUAACCGUUGAUGUCGGAGAAGCAGAGCUGAUGCGGUUCUUCUCGAAGCAAGGAGCGACAAAGGGCAUUGUUGCUCAUGCGCGAGGGUGCAGCUUCGCGUCCAUCACAUUUCCGACCUGCACAGAUGUUGCCACGUUCGUGGGACGGUCCGCUCAUGCUUUUGCAGACGAUAAG